AGCACACCACAGCCCGCCUCACACAUAUGAAUCCGUAAAUGGAAGUUACUCUACAAAUUUGCUUCCUGCUAAAAUGAGGAUUUUGACAUGAAAGGACAGAGUUAACUACUAUGCUGUCCGCUGUCAGUAGCACUGUUGUUCAAAAGACUGGGUCUGAACCAAUUCCCUGUCAGCAUGUUACCACAACUACAGAAACAGGUGCUGGAACGGGAGGGAUCUAUUCUGCCAUCCUCAGCCGCAACCAGCCCAUCACUGAAGUCAAGGAGAAAACCUUUCAGGAGCUUCAUAAGAAGUGCCUUGAGAAGAAGACCCUUUAUGAAGAUCCAGAUUUUCCAGCUAAUGACAGCUCCCUUUUCUUCAGUCAAAAGCUCCCAGUCAAAUUUGAGUGGAAAAGACCCUCAGAAAUCUGUGAGAAUCCACGCUUUAUCCUUGGUGGAGCUAAUAGGUCUGACAUUUGUCAAGGGGAACUAGGGGACUGUUGGUUUCUGGCUGCCAUUGCUUGUCUGACCCUGAAUGAAAAAUUAUUGUUCCGGGUCAUUCCAGAAGGUCAGACCUUCACAAAAGAUUAUGCUGGGAUUUUUCACUUCCAGUUCUGGCGUUAUGGAAGUUGGGUGGAAGUUAUCAUCGAUGAUCGUUUACCAACAUAUGGAAAACAUCUGGUCUUCACUAAAUCCUCCCAGCAGAAUGAAUUCUGGAGUGCAUUACUGGAAAAAGCUUAUGCAAAGCUUCAUGGGUCCUAUGAAGCAUUAAAAGGAGGCAACACCACAGAGGCCAUGGAAGAUUUCACAGGAGGAGUAACAGAAUUUUAUGAAAUAAAGGAUGCUCCUAAAGAUACAUACAAAAUCAUGAAGCAUGCCAUUGAGAGAGGGUCACUUAUGGCUUGCUCCAUUGAGGACAGUUCAGGAUUUAUUUAUGGAAGUGCCCCUACAACUAAUAUUGAACAAUUCAUUAUCCAAAAGUUGCAGAAGGUGAAUUCUGAAUUUUUAAACGAGUCAAAUGAAGAAACAAAAGAUCGAACAACCAGGACCAUCAUUCCAUUGUUGUAUGAAAGGCGCAUGACUAAUGGACUGGUCACAGGUCAUGCAUAUUCAGUCACAGGAGUAGAAGAUUCAACACUUAAAGGGGAGAAGAUAAAACUGGUGAGGCUCAGAAAUCCCUGGGGACAAGUAGAAUGGAAUGGAGCUUGGAGUGACAACUCAGAUGAAUGGAAUGAUAUUGACAAUGCUGAGAAGGUCCGAUUGCAACAUAAAAUUGCAGAGGAUGGCGAGUUUUGGAUAUCAUUCAAAGAUUUUCUGAGAUAUUUCACAAAGUUGGAGAUUUGUAAUCUCACCCCUGAUACACUUGAGGCUGAUAAGCUUCAUACAUGGACAGUUUCCGUCACAGAAGGACAAUGGGUGCGAGGCAGCACUGCAGGUGGCUGCCGUAACUAUCCAGACACUUUUUGGACCAAUCCCCAAUAUCGUUUGAAACUCCUGGAAGAAGAUGAUGAUCCAGAAGAUACAGAGGUGAUAUGCAGUUUCUUGGUGGCACUGAUGCAGAAAAACAGGAGAAAAGAGCGCAGACUAGGAGCCAAUCUCCUCACAAUUGGUUUUGCUAUCUACGAGGUGCCGAAAGAGGUAAGAGCAGACUGUGAAAGACCUAUUAAUUGCUUGGGUAACAUCUUGAAUACAACUCCUUUUCUACUUCACUCUUCAGAAAUUUCCAG